AUGGAAUUUUUCGAGAAAGGCAAGUCUAUUAGGCUCAAAAGCCACCUAGACAAGUACCUCUUCGCCGAAGACGACGGAGAAACUGUUCGACAAAGCCGCAACUUUUCCUCAAGGAAAACGAGGUGGACGGUGGAGUUCGUGGAAGGGAAGAACCAUUUGUUGCGAUUCAAGAGUAGUCACGGCCGUUACCUCACCGCCUCCGAUGCUCCCUUCCUUCUGGGUGUAGCAGGGAAGCGAGUCACCCAGUCGCUUCCUUCCACCAAAUGUGAGUACUCUUCGGUGGAGUGGGAACCCCAAAGGAAUGGGAAUCAGGUGAAGCUCAGGUCAUCGGAGAGUACAUUCUUGAGGGCUAAUGGUGGUGUGCCGCCUUGGAGAAGCUCCAUAACCCACGACGUCCUACAGUUUCCGGCUAUACAAGAUUGGGUAUCUUGGUAUGUGCAAUUGGUGGAAAACGCUGAAGGCGAUGAUGAUGAUAAUGAGUCUGUCGCCGAUUACCAAUCGCAGAUAUCGACCUUAUCUUCUGUGACGGACGAUCUGUUACUGGAUUCCAAACCAGAUUCGCCAUUGUCGACGGCGUUGAGCAAAGCUAAGAAAUUUUCAUUUUCG